GGGGUGGAGCUUAGAAGCCCAGGUCUAGUCCCCCCCCCGCUCAACAACUUCCACAAUGCCUUCAAUCCGGCCCUCUCCUUCAGCCUCCCUAAUCACCCGGAUCACCUGCCCCAGCUUCCGCGUACCACUGAUCCCCACCACCGGAACCCUCCCUCACCGAUCCCACACGAGAACAAGAAGUGUUUCCACAAAAGCGUACAAUCUAAACCGUCCGGGGAACAAGGCUCGCAAUGGCGUGGUUGGCGGUAUAAUUGUUGGCGCGAUUGGGUUCUCGUUCGUUACUCGUGUCCCCCUCCCCUUUUUUGGCGCAAUUGGUUUGAACUCCUUUGGCUGAGGACGGGUUGGAUGGGUAGAUAUCUUUACUUUACCGACACUCGCUCCGCCAUACACAGGUAUCAGGUCGUGCCGCUCCUACGAUGGCUUUACAGUGGCGAUGAUAUCCCCACAGAAGCUGGCGGGAAGGGGCCAGGAGCCGAGAAGGCACAUGAGGUUGGAUUGAAGGCUUUGAGGGUACUGUACGAUUUGGGCUUUGGUCUACGGGAGCGGGGGACGCACGAGUAUCUUGAGAGCGGAGAGCUAGGUGUAGAGGUUAUUCCCUUUCCAACCACGAGCCCCUCUGCCGUCCACAACAGCUGACGAUGAAGUACCAUCCUAGCUAUUCGGCCACAAUCUCAAAACCCCCCUCGCGAUCUCUGCCGGCCUGGACAAGCACGCGGAAUGCAUAGACCCGCUCUUCAACAUCUCCCCGGCAAUCUCCCUGCUCGAGAUCGGCUGCAUAACGCCCCUGCCACAGGACGGCAAUCCGAAGCCGCGCAUGUUCCGUCUGCCCACCUCCAACUCCAUCAUCAACCGCUAUGGCUUCAACUCUGUCGGUGCUGACACUGCCGCUGUCCGCCUACGCAGUCGGGUGCGUAGAUACGCACUCAAGCACGGGUUAACAGAGCGCGAAGUCCUGGACAGCACCGAGAUCCCCGCAAGCCUCUGGCCGAACCGCUUGCUCGCCGUGCAGAUCGGGAAGAACAAGGCCACGGCUGAAACAGACAUGGAAGCUGUUAAGAGGGAUUACAUCACCUGCGUCGAGAAGCUGGGGAGGUACGCUGACAUCCUCGUUGUUAACGUUUCCUCCCCCAACACCCCCGGCUUGAGGUCCUUGCAGAAGCGCGAGAGUCUGCAAGAAUUACUGACCGCGGUGGUGCUCACGGCGCAGAAGGCUGACAGGAAGGUCAAGCCGAAGGUCGUUGUCAAAGUUUCCCCUGAUAGCGAUGGUGUAGAGGAUAUCAAGGACGUAUCCGCCGCCAUCAAGUUUGCCGGCGUCACAGGCGUUAUUGUAGCAAACACCACCGUCAAGAGGCCGCUGAAUGUGCUCGCCUCACCGCAGGUAUCCGAGGAGGAGAAGAGGGUGUUUCAUAAAGAGAUUGGAGGACUCUCCGGACCGAUACUACUGCCCAAGAUGUUGGAGCUUGUGGAGGGGUAUUCUAAGGAACUUGGUGAAAACGCUGUUGUCUUUGCCUCCGGAGGGAUCACCAGUGGACAAGACGUCCAAGAGGCGAGAAAACGCGGCGCUAAGAUUGUUAUGGGUUACACUGGCAUGGUCUAUGAUGGUGUCGGUUUUUUUGGCAGGAUCGCAGGGGAAAUAAAGAGGAUUGUGGAUGGUGGAAAAUAGACUUGCAUGUGCAUAUACCAAAGGCUCUUUUAUAGGUGCAGCCUCAUUUUUUUCUUCCCUCACACUUUCUUUCCCAGUUUGUAGACACUAUACAAGUACAUAUACCCUACCCCUCCGACUACACAUCAUCGGAACUUUGAAGGAGGAAAAAAAAAAUUAGGACAGUGUGAGAUACCGGUAGAGAGAAUCAGGACAGAAAAAUAAAAAUAAUAAAAGAUCGCAUAUUCGGUACUAUUAUUUUAAGAGGAAGAACUGGGAUCUAUUCUCGUGGAUUGAGAUUACUAUGUUAAAAAUACAGG